AUGAAAAAGGGUGCUGAUAACGCCGGAAUUUCAGGCAAUGCUCCUCGGUCUAGCGAAGCCAGUUGCCGACGUCGAUGGACAAAACACACGGGGGUUCUCCACAGAUGGGAGCAACGUUACUGGCUUCUCUCACAUGUGAGCUCUCAGCAGGCAUGUACUAAUGCCGAAGCGGAGGUACCAGCUCCCGGCAAGGACUUUGCUCGACUUGAGCAAGAGGCUGUUGAUUCCUGGUCUGAGAAGUUAAGACCUAUCAAGAUCAGGGCAGGAGGAGUGCGUGAUGCCAUGAUCGGCGCCUUCUGGAGUGGUAUCUACCGAACUAUGCUCUCGCCUCAAAACAUGACCGGAGAAAAUCCUGUGUGGAAGAGUGAUGAGCCGUACUUUGAUUCAUUCUAUUGUAUCUGGGAUCAAUUCCGUGCCCAAUUGCCUCUUUUGAGUUUGAUUGAUCCAAAGACUCAGACUAACCUGAUCUGCAGUCUGCUUCACACCUACAAGACUGAAGGCUGGCUACCUGAUUGUCGCAUGUCUUUGUGUAAGGACUGGAAUCAAGGUAGUUCAAAUGCAGAUGUGGUCCUGACCGACGUCUUUGUGAAGAACCUUACCGGCAUUGAUUGGGAGCUUGCGUACAACGACGCCGAGAACGAGCCCCUCGAAUGGUCCUACGAGGGCCGUGGAGGUUUACAGAGUUGGAAACGACUCAACUACAUUCCAUACCUAGAUUUUGACUACCCUGGAUUUGGAACCAACUCACGCAGCAUAUCUCGAACUGUGGAAUACGCGUACAAUGACUACAGUCUCGCAGUCGUCGGGAAGGGACUCGGCAAGAGCGAAAAUACUAAAUACCUCUCGCGUGCGAACAAUUGGCGAAACUCGUUCAAAGCCGACCAAAAGUCGGUCUCGGAGAAUGGGACAGAUACUGGCUUCACGGGGAUUUUUCAGCCGAAAUAUGUGAAUGGUACUUGGGGAUUCCAGGAUCCAAUUGCGCGCCAUUCUUCGAGGCGGUUGAAGUAA